UUUCCGCGUUUGUUCUGAUUAAAGUCUGUUAAACUGAAGGUAAGCGGCUUCAAAGUCAUCGAACCGAAAAGCUUUUUCCACGUAAAGCGUUUAUUAGCUCCGAGUGUCAGUGAGCUGAUCUCCAUCAUGACCUCGACGACGGUGUCGUCUGUUGGAGGGCUGACGAUCAUCACUCGGUCAUUCCUCAGGAUAGAAGGCCAGCAUCCCACUGCAGACCACUUCCCACCAACCUGCCACUCCACCACUAUGACAGCAAGCUCCGCCUCCAGCCCCUGUGACAAAGACCAAUAGCAUGACCCGCCAUGUUUCUGCGGGCGGAGCCACAAGCCCUGGGGUGGUGCAGAUCUUCAUCGGCGUGCUGUGUGUUCUCAUCAGCUUCACCACCAUCCUCUCCCCAGUUCUUCUCAUCCACGCGCCACUGUGCAUCGGUGUCUUGUUUGUGGUUUCGGGGUCGCUGGCUGUGGUAUCGAAGAGAAGAACCUCAUUCAAACUGGUCCUGGUGACUUUGGUGUCCAGCCUGUGCAGCGUUGUCCUCAGCCUGGUGGGUGUGGUCUACGUGUGUUGGCUAUUGGCUGAUUGGCGUCCGUCUGACCAGCUGUGUGGUGUGUUUCUACUGUCCAACGGAUCGAGACCACAAGACAUGUCGACACAAUGUCACCGUCACCUUUGGAAGCUGGAUAUGCUCGGGUUUGGGCUUCGUGGAGUCCUCUUGGUCCUGCUCAGCCUCCAGCUUUGUGUCUCUCUGACGCUCUGUGUUUUCUGUGGGAAAGCCAUCAGCCUCCGCCACCGUGACGACGCCAUCAAGGCGAUGGGGAAAACUGACAACAUUCUGUCCAGUGCCAUGUCUGAGCACGACAGCAGCGCCGCCCUGCUGGACAGUGCUGAUGAAGAAACCUAAGUGUCGCCUUUGUCCUCGGACGUCUUAAUGCUGACUGCAGAGUGGAGAUGAUGCUUGCACUUUAAGUUCCUGUUUGUUGCUGCGGAUGACACUAAUAUUUAAAAUGUCAAGUCAAAAUAAAGUCUCCUUUAAAUUUUCAAAUCAA